GCUAAAGUGUUGAGACAUUUAAAGUCAUUUCUUACGCGAAGCGCGCCGCCCGCACGCGAGUUCGACGACUUUCGGUUUCGAUUAUAAAACUGAUAUUUACGUAAACAUACUGAUUUUGAAUGAAAAGUUGUUUGAAAUUUUCGGAGCAUUGAAUGUUGGAUAUAAUUUGUUACCAUGGAACUUUGGAUGCUAAUAUUUUGCGUUAUACCAGCCAUUGUGACAACAAUCACGAUAUCACCAAACGGUAACAGUCCAGAAAGAAAAAUGUUAGGCGGCAUGGUCGUCGAUACACAAAGAAGACCUUUAACAGACUCUUCAAAACCAGAAGUAUUAAUAAGUAGCAGAAAACUCAAAGAUAACUCAACAAUAUUAGCACUAAACGAAAGGUACAGAAGACUAAUACCGUAUAUGACAUUCUAUUAUGCUAACGACUUAGUAGUACCUACGACAGAAGCACAUAAAACUAAUGUCGAAGUAGAAAAAGCAGAGAUAAUUGAAGCAGGAACUGUGACACCGAACGCGCGAGAAGCAAGAGUAAUUUACAGUCCAAGAUAUAAAAAUAUUCCAAGAUAUCACGGAAACAGAUUAACUCCAAUUAAUAUCGCAUCUGCGCAUCCUACAAAGUUGUAUUACAAAGAAGUACCUGUUUAUCAUAACUCUCCAAAAUCUAACCCUAAUUACCAAUCUUCUUUACCAGAGUAUACAUUGCAAAGUGGUUUAAAUCAUCGGGACAUAAUGUAUGAUAGAUACGUUCCGACACAAAUUAAGGCUCCGAGUACGCCAUUUGCGGCUUCUACUAGAAAACCAUAUUUAGAUUUUCGUGAAAACGUAGAACAGUCUAAUUUCCAAUAUUAUACACCAGAUCAGGCAGAAGCUCCAAGAUAUAAACUAGUACCUUACGAGCAGACUCCUCCUGUUAACGUUGGAAAUGUUGUCACAGCACAAAAACAGUAUAACCCUGCAGCAUUAUCACCAAAGCAACCUAUUCAUGUAAAACCUAGACCGUCUCUUCGCCCUCAACAGUUUACAAUAUACGAUAAUCCUCACACUCAACAGUUGAAGACUAAGAAGCCACCAACAACAAUUUCCGAAAUUUACUACGAAAGAAGACCAGCCUCGGUUCCAGUUCAACCAGUUGUAGAAAAUGGUUUCAGACCAAUUGUUAAUUUGCAAAUAUUAACGACUGAGGCACCUUCAUACACGACGACAUCAAAAGGAGAGCAGUUUCAAAAUUACGUUAAUGACAAAAAUCAAAAAUCACCAAUGGUUGAAGCGGGGACAUUUGCUCCUAAUGAAAAUUACUACAGGCAGGAAUAUGUAGGCGAGCCGGUAUAUACUAGCGGCAAACCAGAGCAACAUGUGUCUUCUGAUUCAGUUUCUUUAGCAGAUUUAUUGAAUUCAUUACAAAUCAAUAAAUCCAUCCCAAAACCAAUAACACGAGAAAAUAUUGGUGCCUCGAUAAGAACUUUAUUACAAGUACUGAGCAGUUUAAAUGCACAAGCUCAGCAGAAUGAAAUUGAAACAGCUGGCCUCAGUUCACCAAAACCAUUUCAAGCGCCUGAAGUUUUGGUUCAAUCAACUCCGUCUCCUGUACUAACGACGACUGCAAAGCCGCAACAUGUUGAUUUCCACGAAGAACCUUAUCUUGCGCCCAUACAGACUCCAUCACAACAUUUAGACGAAUAUCCAACUGGUGGUGGCAGCACCCAACGGUUUCCUCUUCCUGUGACAUCGGACAAUGAGGGCGGUACUCCCGGUCGGCCUGAUGUCGACUACCCUAUACUAACGGUUAUUCCACCGACAAGUUUCGACUGCAAAACACAGCGCUACAAGGGAUUCUUUGCCGAUCCUGACACGAGAUGUCAAGUUUGGCAUUACUGCGAUUUAAACGGCGGCCAAGCUUCCUUCUUGUGUCCGAAUGGUACAAUAUUCUCUCAAGCAGCUCUGACUUGCGACUGGUGGUUCAACGUUCGUUGCGCCUCUACCACGCAGCUGUACGUCUUGAAUGAGAGCCUUUACAAAUAUAUUCUACCACACUCACCCAAGUUUCCUGAAGACUACAGUGGGCCACUUGUUGACAAGUAUCUGAGUUUGAAGUUCAAAGAAAUGGAGGAACAAUUCAAAAAGAACAAAAACAAAAAGGGAGCGACAGAUAAAAUUGAUUCGGAGGAAUCUACUGAAACUAGCUCUUCUGAAGAAAAUGUCAGCAUUGAACAAUCUACUGAAACUUCUAUAAAUCAAGCAAAUGUGAUGAUAGAAUCACCCGGCAGCAGCGGUAAUGUUCAGAGGCUACAAGAUGAGUAACAAGAUUCCCAAAAUUCUACUAAGUACUUCGUACUUAUGAAACUAUUCAUCACCAUCAUUUCAAUUCAUCGCUGUCCCACUACUGAGUACAGGUAUCUCUCAGAAUGAGGAUUUAUCAGGAGGAGGA